UUCCUUUUCUAAUUUUCGCUGUCUUGUUUGGUUUACAGUUUAAUUACAUAGGUUUCUGCGGUUUUAAAGAUCUGCUUUCUGCAUCAUUUAUUGGGAGAAUCAAUGGCAAGUUCAUUUAAUCCUCAGAUUUUAGUGGAAAAGCUUGCCAAGCUCAAUCAUUCGCAAGCAAGCAUAGAGAGUAUCCUUUUGAUAAGGACAGUGGAUGAUAUUUUUCUUCUUUGUACUGUUAAUUAGUGUCUAAGAUAAUUUUAUUUGCAGUUUUCAUCAUUAUAGAUGGUCAGAUGUCUAUUCUCACAGUUUGAUUCGUAACAAGCUGAUUGAUAUCUUUAAAGAAAAAAAUGAGGACUAGGGUGCAUUGAUAACUGAAAAAGGAAAUGGUGCGUUGCUACUGGGCUUGAGUGAGGAACAUUAUGAAAUUCUCUAUAUAAAGUUUUCUAAGAUUAGAGCUGUUUUAUUAUGGUUUUGGAAUCCUCCAUGACUUUAACGCUUCCCUGUAGUUUGCAGUUUUGUUUGAAGAAUUUGUUUCAUGGAUACUAUCUCAUUUUUUCUUGCUUUUAUUUUUUACCGUUAAUAGAUGACAGUAUAUUUGGUAUAUGCUCACGUAUGAGCCCUUGUCGUCUAUAAUGCGCAACCUUCCUUAAAGUGUGAUUCUUUAAAAUGGGUUAGUUUUGCUCCUGCAAUAUGGGUUUCAAUGAAAUGACAAAAUCCAGUAGUAGAGUGGCUGAGCUAUUUGGAAAUUUAGGCGGUCUUUUAAGAAUAUGCUUAUUUCAAAUUGUAUCCAUGGGACCCAUCCCCAGCCAUUUUGCUUUCAUAAUGGAUGGAAAUCGUAGGUAUGCUAAGAAGGGGAACUUGAAACUAGGUGCUGGUCAUCAGGCUGGAUUUGAGUCUCUUAUAUCCAUACUUAUGUACUGCUAUGAAUUGGGAGUAAAGUAUGUAACUAUCUAUGCCUUUAGCAUUGAUAAUUUUAAGAGGCGGCCAGAUGAGGUUAAGGACCUGAUGGAUCUGAUGCUAGAAAAGAUUGACGAGAUGCUCAAGGAAGAAAGCAUGGCGAAGCAAUAUGGAAUCAGAGUAUAUUUUAAAGCUUAUACCUCACGUGAUGAGAUUUUACACGCAGUUCAAGAUUCUUGUAAAAAUAAAUGGGAGGAAAUUCAACCAUUGAGCUUUUGGAAGGCUACUAAUGGUGGCAUUCAAGAAAUAGACGAUUGUAAGAAGAUGAAUGGUGUCACACCACAUGGUUUUCAAGAAUUCCGGAAAGAUGAAGUUGAUGGAUCUCAAGCAACAACAACAAGUGCAACCUGCAGUGGUUUGAUUAGAGGAGUUGGAGGGGUUGACACUGAACAUAGCAUGGUCAUGCAUGCAGUGCACACAUCCUAUGAAGAUCAGGCAUUGAUGGCAAAUAGAAUUGGCCAUGGGGUGUCUCCAAUUGAAGAGAGUGAGAAGAUGCAAGGAGAGUGUUCUAUGAUAAAACUGGUAGACAUCGAGAAGUACAUGUAUAUGGCAGUAGCUCCUGAGCCUGACAUUCUUAUUCAAAGUUCUGGAGAGACCCGUCUUAGCAACUUCCUACUUUGGCAGUCUACUAACUGCCUGUUGUAUUCUCCUGAUGCAUUAUGGCCAGAAAUUGGUUCAUAAAUAGAAAAUCUCCUAGGCUAGGUAGAUAAUUUCCCAAUUACAAACAUUAAAUAAUCACUACAUGAUGGGAAAAAUGGGUUAUGGCACUUGGUUCGGGCAAUAUUGGACUUCCAACGCAACCACAAUUAUUUGGAGAAGAAAAAGAAGCAGUUGUAACAAAUUUAAUGUUGAAGGACAGUAUCUUAUCUCAUAUUGAAUUCAAUAGCUGUGCGUUUGCCACUAAAUUCCUCUGGAAGUCAGGAAGCUUUAGAAGCCUUAGAUUUUCAAGAAUGGGCGUUUUUUCAGUUGCAGGGAUGCCAUGGCGUAAAGUAAGCAUAACCAGUGAAGUACGAAACCACAAAAAUGCUUACUCCCACCCAUUUUAAAUAUUUUAAGUUUUUUAGUGUAAUCUUGAAAGCAUCCCUGUCUAGCCUACCGCCCUCCAUUAAAUUUGAGCUCUCAAAUACCAUUUUUCUGUUGAGUUUUCUGGUUUGUGACACGCACUUUUCUAGAUGAAUAUAUAUGCUAUGAACCACAGUCAGACAUUUUGUGGUAGUAAAUGGCCUGUUGAUUGUACA